UCUAAUUUUCCAUCGGUUUCUUCUUCUGGGUAUUGCUUAAAUCUCUAGAAACUUCAUUUUUUCAGCUUGGUUUUGUUCAAAAUCACUUUUUUUAUCUCUACCCUUUUCAAUUUUUAUCCAUAGCAAUCUUGGGUAGCUCCUCCUUUUCAAGUUCAUGUUGCUCAGCUUUGAUUUCACAAGGGCAUCUUUGGAUUAAUGUUUUGGAGAAAUAUAAGAUGAUCGUUGAUGUGCUGAGCAUGGUUAUUAAUGGGUAGUAGAAGUAGAACAGUUAAUGCUAAUAACACUGAGGACAGUAACAAGGUUGUGAACAGGAUGCCAAGCUACGCUCCUCCUCCAUUGCCUUCUACUUCUAGUUCCAUGGGCAUUGAAGCAACUAAUGUUCAUCCUUCUCGAAUUUCUGAAUUUGGAGCCCUCGAACAAUCUCUUGGAUUUCGUAUUGAAGAUACCAUGAAUCUUAGCAGAAAUCCUGUGUUCAAUCAAAUGAAAUCAAAUAGCCAGGCUCUUGGUGCUGAUAUUCAGUUCGGUGCUUUGAGCAAGUCAAUUGCAACCUCGGAUAAUAACCUCUCUGCUGCAAUUGCGGGGUCUCAGAUGAUGCCAUUACAGAAAGACUCGCAACCAAAUCUGGCUUCAACAUCUGGAGGUCAUCGCGAAAACUGGGGCGAGUCCAACACGGGUGAUGCGAGCCCUACAUCAACAGAUGAUACAGAUGAUAAAAAUCAAAUGGUUGAAAGGGGUGAAUCCAGUGAUAGAUCAAAAGAUAAAACAGAUCAAAAGACAUUAAGACGGCUGGCUCAAAAUCGUGAAGCUGCUAGAAAAAGCCGACUGAGGAAAAAGGCAUAUGUGCAACAGUUAGAGAGUAGUAGGUUGAAACUUACACAACUGGAGCAAGAGCUCCAGCGAGCUCGCCAGCAGGGAAUAUUUAUUUCAAGCACCGGAGAGCAGGCCCAUUCAAUGAGUGGAAAUGGUGCUAUAGCAUUUGAUGUUGAAUAUGCGCGAUGGUUAGAAGAACAUAAUAGGCAUACCAAUGAGCUAAGGGCUGCUAUCAAUUCUCAUGCUGGAGACAUUGAACUUCGUACCAUUGUUGACAAUUUCAUGACACAAUUUGACGAUCUCUUCAGGCUGAAAGGUAUCGCUGCAAAAGCUGAUGUUUUUCACAUCCUGUCUGGAAUGUGGAAGACUCCAGCUGAGAGGUGUUUCAUGUGGAUUGGAGGCUUUCGCUCUUCAGAAAUUCUCAAGCUUCUUGUAAAUCAAUUGGAGCCUUUAACUGAGCAACAAUUGAUGGGCAUCUACAACUUGCAACAGUCAUCCCAACAGGCCGAAGAUGCUCUAUCCCAAGGAAUGGAUGCAUUGCAGCAAUCACUAUCUGAGACCUUGGCUAAUGGUUCACCCAACCCAUCAGGCUCUUCAGGAAAUGUGGCCAACUACAUGGGGCAAAUGGCUAUGGCGAUGGGAAAGCUAGGUACCCUCGCUGGAUUUCUUCGCCAGGCUGAUAAUCUGCGGCAGCAAACAUUGCAACAAAUGCUUAGGAUAUUAACAACUAGACAAUCCGCUCGAGCCCUUCUCGCAAUAAGUGAUUAUUUCUCCCGGCUGCGAGCCCUGAGUUCUCUCUGGCUGGCCAGGCCACGGGAGUGAAGUUUAUCAAGGCUCCAUUCAUGAAGUUUUUUCAAGCCAGAUCACAUUCAACAUGAGGAUUGAAUCUUCUGCAUUAAAUCAGUUAAUUGGAAGCUGGUGUCCUUUGGCAAUGAAUUCCUCUAGAAGCCUAGCUGUGCUGUAAACAUUAGAUAAUGUGAUUACUCUUCUCUCCACCUGAUGCUGGUGUGGUGCAACAUUUUUAUUUAAGCUUUCCCUUGCUUUGAAAAUAGUCUCAAUAAUUUGAUUGUGUAGGUGUUUGAUAGAUAGAGGUGAAGGGGAAAAUGUAGAAUAGUGUUUGUAUUUAGGUUACAGCUGGUAAUUGUAUUUCAGAAAUCAGCUUAUUUGAGGGAGAUUUUCCUCUCUUUUUGUAUCUUUUCCUGCUUAAUGGUUUGUGGUUGCACAUAUGACUCCAUGGACCUGUGUGCUGGUGAGCUGGUCUAUGUUUAUAUGUAUUCGUUUUAUCUUGCUA